CCGGGUCAUCAGGUACCGGAUCGUCUGGCUCGACAGCGGGCACUGGGUCACCAGGCAUCAGGCAGUGGGCACCGGGUCACCAGGCAUUGGAUCAUCUGGCUCGACAGCGGGCAUCGGGUCACCAGGUAUGACAGCGGGCACUGGGUCACCAGGCAUCAGGUCAUUUGGCUCGCCAGCGGGCACCGCGUCAUCUGGCAAGGCAGUGGGCACCGAGUCACCAGGUACCGGAUCAUCUGGAUCAACAGCGGGCAUCGAGUCAACUGGCCUAAUAGGAUCGUCGGGCUGGAUCAGUUCAUCAUGCUGAGUAGCGGCAUCAGGCUGAAUGCAGGC